AUGACAAGACAGAACCAGAGCAGCAUGUCCCACUUCCUCCUCCUGGGGCUCCCCAUCCCGCCAGAGCAGCAGGGCGUGUUCUUCGCCCUGUUCCUGGGCAUGUACCUGACCACGGUGCUAGGCAACCUGCUCAUCCUCCUGCUCAUCAGGCUGGACUCUCGCCUUCACACCCCCAUGUACUUCUUCCUCAGCCACCUGGCCCUCAUUGACGUCUCCUUCUCAUCUGUCACUGUCCCUAAGACGCUGAUGGACAUGCACACUCAGGAUCAAUCUAUCCCUAAAGCCGAGUGCAUUUCACAGACUUAUUUUUUCAUACACUUUGCUGAUUUGGACAGUUUCCUGAUCACUUUGAUGGCCUAUGACAGGUAUGUGGCCAUCUGUCACCCUCUGCAUUAUACCACCAUCAUGAGUCAGAGUGUUUGUGUCAUGUUGGUUGCUGGGUCCUGGGUCAUAGCUUGUGCUUGUGCUCUUUUGCACACCCUUCUCCUGGCCAGGCUGUCCUUCUGUGCUGACAACAUCAUCCCCCACUUCUUCUGUGACCUUGCUGCCCUGCUCAAAUUGUCCUGCUCAGACACUUCCCUCAACCAAUGGGUAAUCUUCACUGCAGGAUUAACAGCCAUUAUGCUUCCAUUCUUAUGCAUCCUGGUUUCUUAUGGCUGUAUUGGAGCCACCAUCCUCCGGGUUCCCUCUACCAAGAGCAUCUGCAAAGCCUUGUCCACUUGUGGCUCACAUCUCUCAGUAGUGACUCUCUACUAUGGGGCAAUUAUUGGUCUAUAUUUUCUUCCGUCAUCCAACAACACCAAUGACAAUAACAUAAUUGCUUCAUUGAUGUACACAGUGGUCACUCCCAUGUUGAACCCCUUCAUUUACAGUCUGAGAAAUAAAGACAUGAAAGGGGCCUUGAGAAAACUCUUGAGUAAGAAAACAUAUUCUUCCAACUGA